AUGGUGACAAUUCCUUACCUCUGGCAGGGCAGCAGCAAUUUCUCGCCUUUCAAGGAGCGCUGGGGCACGAUCUCCAAUGGAACAUCAUGUCCCACGCCCGAAAAGGAACAUCCAAAGGCCGAGAUGGUGGAGAAGGCUGGCGCGCCAGCCACCAAUGGGACACCCGAGAAGAACGGGACGCCCGAGAAGGCGCCUUCCGAUCCCUUCGCAGCCGGCCUGCCCAUGGGACCGCUCUUUCCGAUCGCUGAGAAGGAACAAGCUUCAAACGGAGCUGAGAAGGAACAAGCUUCAAACGGAGCUGAGAAGGAUGUUGCAACCAAUGGGACACCUGCAGACAAGGCUGCCGUGAACGGAGCGAAGGCGCCGAAUCCCUUCAUGGCGCCGAAGGCGCCGGCGCGGAACGAGCUGGCGCCAGAAAGGCCAGUUGAGGAGCCAACACCAGCACCAGCUGCACCAGCACCAGCUGCACCAGCACCAGCUGCACCAGCACCAGCUGACAAGGCGACCUCUAGCACCCCACCAAAGGCAACUGAAAAUGGGCCACCCAUCCAGGCAGACAGCACGGCGGGACCGCCACUCAGUGGCAAGGCAACUGAAAAUGGGCCACCCAUCCAGGCCUCGAGGCCGCCAACCGUGAGUUUUGCAAAGGCCUCGGGGCCGCCAACCGUGGGUUUUGCAAAGGCAGACAGCACGGCUGGACCGCCACUCAGUGGCAAGGCAACUGAACAUGGGCCACCCAUCCAGGCCUCGGGGCCGCCAACCGUGGGUUUUGCAAAGGCAGACAGCACGGCGGGACCGCCACUCAGUGGCAAGGCAACUGAACAUGGGCCACCCAUCCAGGCCUCGGGGCCGCCAACCGUGGGUUUUGCAAAGGCAGACAGCACGGCGGGACCGCCACUCAGUGGCAAGGCAACUGAACAUGGGCCACCCAUCCAGGCCUCGGGGCCGCCAACCGUGGGUUUUUCAAAGGCACGGGCACAACGGCCCUCGCCCAAUCGUCCGCCCGCACGACCACAGCCAAGCGCCGUGCAGGCGUCUGCCGAUCCCUUUGCGAAACCCAAGGAGAUCGCAGCAAGAACAAGCCCCUUUGGCUAAGGACUCUGAUUCACUGAUGCGCUGAUGGCACUGGUGAUCAUGCCACAUCUUAGCGUAGACGCGCUGACCAACCGCGGAGAACUUGGCG